GUUGUUUGUUUGAACUGACUUCAAACAUACCUCAAAAUGACUUACUGCUUGGUCUAGGUUAUUAAUUUCUGAAAUGUGCAAUUGUGAACAACUGUAGGAAAAUAUAUUUAAUCCUUUUAAACGUCUAAUUCUAAAUAUUAUGGUAAAAGUUGAUUUUUUUUCAAUGUUGGGCCACAUGCUAUGUUUUAUAUUAGCUACCCUACUUUUUUUCUAUAGACAUUUCUGAAUGACUUCUAAAAGUCUAAUACAGCAUUUGAUUGUCAGUGAUUAAAAACCAACUUAUGCUAUAUAUAUUUAAGUUAAUAAUGCCUUUUUCCCCACUGAGAAACAUAAAGCAAUGCACACCUGGAGCAGAUGUACGUACAAAAGUUAGCUGCAUCAGCACUGAUAUUACUGAGAACUCAACAUAUGUCUGUGAGUAUAUAAGAGAAGCUUUCCAUGAAAGAGAAUUACCGUAGAGUUCAUUCCCAGAACAUGAGAGUCUAUCUAGCAGUUUUCGCACUCCUGGCUGCAGUUCACUGCAAGGAGCUUUUUAAUGGAGGUCAAGUUCUCAGAAUCCAUGCAGAAUCUGAGGACCACAUUCAGAUUUUGAAGGAGCUGCAAAGAGAUGUUGAUUCUGGGCUGGAUUUCUGGACCCAUGCCGUUUCUACUGAGCGACCCGUUGACAUCCGUGUGCCUCACGCCAGACUGUAUGCUCUCAAGAACUUCCUCAAGGAAAACAACAUCCCUUUCACUGUCAUGAUCAACAAUGUGCAGGAACUUUUGGAGAGAGAGAGAGAAGAAAUGCUUGGCAAUGCAGAAAUGGAACGUAAGACCAAAAGCUUGAACUUUGCUGCUUAUCAUGACCUUGAGACUAUUUACAAUUUUAUGGACACCCUGGUUGCAGAUCACUCUAAUCUGAUCUCUAAAGUGAAUAUUGGCAGCACUUAUGAGAACCGUCCCAUGUAUGUCUUGAAGUUCAGCACUGGAGGAGAGAAAAAACCUGCAAUCUGGAUUGAUGCUGGAAUCCAUGCGAGGGAGUGGAUUUCUCACGCUACUGCAGUGUGGCUUGCUGACCGGAUUGCCACAGACUUUAAGGAAAACCGUGCCCCUGUGCCCAGCAUCCUUAGUCAGAUGGAUAUUUAUUUGAUGAUUGUGGCCAAUCCUGAUGGAUAUGUCUUCACCCACCGCUCUCUCAGUGAGUUUUACCGUUUUUGGCGCAAGAGUCGGUCUGCGACCUCAAACCCCAAAUGCCACGGUGUUGACCUCAACAGAAACUGGGAUGCUGAAUUCAGUGGUCCUGGAGCAAGCGAUGACCCCUGUGCUGAAGACUACCGUGGUCCAUCUGCUCAAUCUGAGAUUGAAGUGAAAAACAUUGCAAAUUUUAUCAUGGACCACGGCAACUUCAAAUCCUUCAUGAGCCUCCACGCUUAUAUGCAGCUCUUAAUGUAUCCCUACGGCUACGUCGGCACAGAUGCUCCUGACCGGACUGAACUUCAUGAUGUGGCCACACAAGCAAACAAAGCCCUCAAUUCCUGGCAUGGCACCGUUUAUAAAGUUGGAAGCAUCUUCCAUACUAUUGAACAAGCUAGUGGUGCAAGUGUUGACUGGGCUUACCUACGUGGCAUCAAAUAUGCCUUUGCUUUUGAGUUGCGUGACACUGGCGAAUAUGGAUUCCUCCUGCCUGCCGACCAGAUCGUUUCCACUGCAAGGGAGACGUGGUAUGCUCUCAGAUACAUUAUGCAAUAUGUUUGUGAUCACCCUUACUGAGAGAACUGAAGCCACAAUAAACAUCCCAGAGGGUAUA